CAUUUCCACUAUGUCUCUAGCAAGUCCGUGUCUGUCCUUUGGGUGAAACGAAAAAGUAGCGGAAAAGUUCGCGCACGAAAUUAUUAAGAAAUAGAAAUGGCUUCGAACGUGUUUUUAGAGAUUCUGAUAUUAGUAAACGUGUUCUUUAUUAAAGGAUUCACGAGCGAGACGGGCGUCAUCUCGAAAAUAAGCGAUGUUGACGUGCAAACGUGCAUCGAGAACUUCGAUAUACACAAGGACAAAAUUAUCAGGACGCAGGAUUCGAGGGCGAUGGGAGCAAAAUAUCUGAACGAGAUAGACCUGGACUCCAGGGAGGAAUGUCUGAGGCUAUGCUGUGAGACGGAGAACUGUGAUGUUUUUGUUUACGAAGAGAAGAAGGCCGGCAGUUGUUAUUUGUUCCAAUGCGGUCCACCGGAAGAUUUCAAGUGCAAGUUUGCCCACCACGUGAACUACACGAGCGCCGUUUUGGCGGUGAACAGGCAUUUGCCCGAUCUGGAAAGUCAGAUCAGGCUCACGAAGCACGAAGAGGAUUUAACAAAGUUAAGGUCUUUCACGUUCAAGAAGCCAGAAGUGAAACUGGAAACAACGACGGUCACGACUACGACGACGCGCAAAGCAAUCUUGAAGACCAAAACCCCGGAAACAAAACGUAAAUGCAGUAAUUACCAAUUCGAAUGUAGAUCGACCGGGGAGUGUAUAGCUAUUUACAAUGCUUGCGACGGAAUACCGCAAUGUGCGGAUGGAAGCGAUGAAGCGCCGGAGUUGAGGUGUCCAGAAUCAACGACUUUAACGCCAGUUAUUAGCAUCAAGAAAACACCGAUUGAAACGAAAUCGAAUGCGCCAGACGACAAAUCUAGGAUAGUACCUUACCAGUCGGUGCAGCAGGAGGAAGUGUACAAAGCGCAGAUGAUGCAGCAUCCGCAGGACUUCCUGAAACCAGACCCUUUGUUGAAUCCUUUGCAUUCACGAAACUACAACGCUCAUCAGAUCCCUCAGUACCAGCAGUACAUGCCUCCGCAGCAGCAGCAGCAGCCGCCGAAUUGGGGAGCUCGCGAACUUCCGCCACCUGUCUAUGCUGAUAAGAACAGUCACAUAUUUAACCAUAAGGAGGUGGGCUUACAAGUUUCGGACGUCGGGGAAGCCAGGUAUAAUAAAUAUAAGGGAGCUAUGCAAACGCUGCAUCGAGCUCUUGGAUACGGGAACAAUGCUGGCCAACUGCAGUACGUCGAUACAAGGGAUUACGGCAAGAUUCCCAGUUAUUACGGAUCCGAAGUAUAUCGACAACCACCCAUUCUUCCACCAAAUUGGGAAAAACCUCAACCACCAGUUUAUAGAAAAGAUAGCAAUAUACAGCCUGUCUACAUAGACGAGCAGAGACCUUCUGUGGAAGAACCCAAAUGGACCCAAGAAACGUUGAAACAUGAACAGGAUAAGAUGGCUCACGAAUUGAAGCACUCCAAGGAGCAUUUCGAAACUGAUAAGAAAAAAACGGAAAGCCAUCAAAGCCAUAGUUCAAGUCACAGUCAUUACGCUGUAGUUGCCGAGUAUAAGACUACAGCUGACGAGGUCGAGGAUGGCAUAGUACCGAUUCCAGGCGGAGCUCUCCUAUCCUUGAUCAUAGGAUUCAUAGUGAUGAUUUGCUUAGGCAUCUUGAUAGCCUGUCGCACGAAAGCCAUGAGAGCCCGUCGAUACAGCAGAAAGGGCAAGUCCUACGCUCACGACGCCGACUAUUUGGUGAACGGGAUGUACUUGUAAUUGUAGUGUUGCAUUCGAGAUGUUUUUGUUACGACUAAAAAAAAAUAUAAUAAUAAAGAGCAGAAAAAUAAAAUCAUUGUUAUAAGCAACUUGCGUUGCCCUCAUACAUACGGUAUAAACAUUAACGAUUACAAUUUGUAUAAGCUAACUCUCAUAUCAUGUACAUUGCCUUAUACUCUUUAUAAAAACUUA